UGAUGCGUCUGAAUUACAUAUGCGUACGAGAGAAAUGUGUGCUGAUAAAAUAAAUUAUUCGUAUAGCCGUUUUCAUUUGUUAAAAGCAUGGUAAUUUUAUUUUAGGUCCUCCCUAAAGCCAUUGUUUGACAUGUAAAAGUAGCAGCCAUGUGUACAAUGAAUGAACAGUUCUACAAAUGCUGGCAAACGGCCUGAAGGAUGCUACCGCCUGGUCCUUUCCUUUCCCUUGCAUUAGACAUACCAGUAUUUAAAAUGUCCUCUCAUGAGGCAUCUAUCUAUUGUCCUUUUCGAGUCUGCCAAUGUUAUUUCCCUGAUUGUGAAUUAUAGACAUAUUUACAAAGUAUUAGGGGGUGUAUCAGUACACUUAAGGCGCUAUACCUUUUUACUGUACAAUUUAGGUAUAGUAAAAUAAAAUUUUGUGAAUGACGGCAGCUGAUUAUAGGGUCGCAGAAGGUGUCGGAUGUCGCUGGACAGCAUGGGAUUUGAUACUAUCCAAGAUAUUGUUUGAUUUUACACAAAAUACACAUUUGUUUUAUUUUAUGCACAGACUACAACCACGCAGCAUAAUGGAAGUAGUAACCUCUAGCUCAUAAGCAGCACUUAAUCCUAAUAGCCUGCUACCGGCCUACUCGUUUAAGCCUGACAGUAAGUCAUUGUAUGCUGCUUGGGGCAGAAACGGUGCUCAAACAGUUCAAUUUAAUGGUAAUAAUUCACGGAUUAGAGCUAGGUGGCAGUGCAUUACUGUAAAGGCUGAAAUGCAGCGAAGGGUUGUAAUGUGUGCAUUUUUGAAUACCACUUCUUUGCCAUAAAUUGCUUAUCGGUGUCACACUGUGACUUACUGUGCUAAACCAUGCAAAUAUCUCACUAUUUUCCCGAUUACUUUUUUCUUAACAGUUGUUUUUGCCUUCCAAUAAGAUUGACAUCCUAGUACAUUUCUUUUAAAACCUACAGUUCACAUUACUUGUUUCGGUGACCAUGCUAACCUAAGCUCAUCGUUUUCCAAUACAUUACAAACCGACUUAAUUGGACAUAUCACAGUAAUGAACCUUACACCCACAAAUCAGUAGCUCCCCCGUUUCUCACCACAUACUAUAGUGACAGCACUGUGGUACCCCCAAACAAUAACUGGUGUUUGCGAGAUGAAAUCAAAGAAUGAAAUAUCAGCACUGCAUUGUUUAUAAAUGGCAUUAAAGGUAAAAACGCACGAUGAUUUCCAUAUGUUCGGUGCUAUGAAGAUUUAUAAAAAAUAUGUGUGAUUCAAUUUUAACAAAUUUUCUCCCCAAAGAAACAUAUUUGUCGUACCCUUAAUCCGAGAAUUAACAAUUAAACACACGUACAGAAAUGCCCACAUGCAAACAACUUCCAUCAGAUAACUCUACAAUUUGUUCAAAGCCUUGCGUCUUUUGUGAGCCAAGUUAACAACUUGUUUAAAGCUUCUUGCCAGUGUGUGUUUGUACACUAGUGAGUAAAUGUGUUACUUUGAUUCCUCACAUUGCAAUUAAAAUUUGAAGCUGUUUUCCUUCUCCACCAUACUUAAUGGAUGAUGGGGAAACGUGUCACAGUUGAACGCGUCUUUGUCACACCGAUGCAGCUAAUCUUUCAAUAAUACUGCCACUGGAAUGCUCCCACAUCUCGAAGAUGCUGUGCCCACAGAAGCUGUCACAAGCAGGACUAGGGAUGAGAGUGCAAAGACUUCAUGAAGGCUAGUUCCAUUUCUUCAUCCUCACGCCAGGACCAUGUUCACUGCUAAAGCUCUAGCCAUCUCUGUCGUUUGCAGUUACCGUGCAUAGCCCUUCCGCUCUGGAUUAUCAACGGAUAAUGAGGAUGUGAGAGACCAAGACUGAUAAGUGCUCAGCGAGCUUGACGACAAACACAAGGAGGUGUAGCUGCUGCCUGCAAAGCCCAUUCCCCUUCUUCAGCAUCUGUUUCGGUAGCGUGCAAUGCUGGUGGGCGUUGUUCUUGGAACUGGCCGUCCACGUGCUGUAUACAGUACAAUGUACAACAGUUACCUCCCACUGGGAAGAAUGAAGUACUGGCUCUGGACAUGGAACGCUGCCCAAUCCAAUACUCAGGCUCAACAGUGCUGUCAGGCUUUGCUGUCUUAGGCUCGGAAACCUUCUGGAUGUUUGAACAGGCACAGUUACCAUCCAUGCUACAUGCCCUCUUUUCAUCUUACAGUUUGCAUGCCUCAGGAUUAGUAGUGGGGGCUACGUCUCAUCUCUGUCUAUCCCGCUAUCGACCUGCGCAACUCUAGUUUGUUCUAAGACUGUUUGCCUGGUGUCUUGCUUGUAACAUAUGUGAAAUGGAUUGACUACAAUUUGACUCGAACGGUUCCAGUUAGGAUACUGCAUCGGCUUGUGCAUCUUUGUAUCUUUUCUCCGAGUCUAUCUUCUUUAAUAGAAGAAGAUGCAUCUGCGAAACGGAUGCAUUCACGAAAAGGGGACAUUUACAAUUCCAGGCUGAUAUGACAACAGAGUUUCAGUCUAAAAUAUUUUGUAAAUGUGGAAACUAUAAACUCAUACUUUCUUAUAGUUUUGUGUGUCUUAUUCUCUAUCUGCAUACUCUUCUUUGCCAGACCUCUGGUUCUCCUUUAUGUUUAAGCACAACAGUAAGUUACUUUUGCAAAGUAUGUGCACGUACACCCUGUGCACAGUGAAGAAGAACUCCAUACCAGACAUUAAGUUUUUUUUGGGGAGGCAAACCUCAGUACCUGAUAUGCACUCACUGACCUUUUGGCAUGCACCUCUGACUAAUAUUCCUCCUGUACCCGUAAAUAAAUAGUUACUACUGAACUUUAUUCUAGCAUUAACAUUUCUAAUGGAAGUGUUGCUACUGGCACAGCUUUAAUCCGUGUUACAAAGUUUCCUGGGUGAAGGUAGCACUUCUGCUUUGAAGCCUCAAGUAACCAAAAAAAAAAAAAGGGUUGCAAUUCUACUUGGCAUCCUGGAAUAGUGGAUAAAAAGACAAGCCCGCAGUCACUACAAUGAAACGAAAGCAGAAGAGAUUUUUACAAAUGGCAUUAUUAUUUACCGUGGCCCUCAUUUUCCUGCCAAAUAUUGGUCUUUGGUCAUUGUAUAAAGAACGGCACCUGAAAUCAGAAACAUCGGAUCAGACACAACAGGAAGACAGAGAAUGUGGACCUACCUCACUAACAAAGAAUGUAUGUCAGGAGGGUUUUCCUAUGAGUGACAGCCAGCUUAAUUCUUGGACUGAUGGGCUAAAGAGAAAAGACUGGCAUGAUUAUGAAACAAUGCAGAAGGAUGCCUUACGCUCAGGGAAAGGAGAGCAUGGUAAGCCUUAUCCUCUUACAGAGGAAGAGCAAGACGACCUGGCUUAUAGAGAGAAUGGCUUCAAUAUCUACGUCAGUAACCAUAUAGCCUUAGAUCGAUCAUUACCAGACAUCCGACAUCCAAAUUGUAAGCACAAAUUAUACCUGGAACAUCUACCAAACACAAGCAUCAUAAUUCCUUUUCACAAUGAAGGCUGGUCCUCUUUGCUCCGGACAAUACACAGCAUCACUAAACGCACACCAGACAGACUGAUAGCAGAAAUCAUUCUAGUGGACGACUUCAGUGACAGAGGUAAUUCUGUUGUCAGUUCCUUGGAAAAAUAG